AGAGAAGAAAUAAUCUCAUCAUACCUGUAGCAGCAUCUAUUAUUUUAUUUUUUGCUAAAAGAACUCAACCAUGUCCGCCGACAAAGCAACUCCACCCACCUUCAAUGAAAUCAUGGCAAAGGCCAGCGCAAGUGCCCUCCGUGGUGGACUUGCCGGCGCCGCUGCCAUGGGUGCCAAUGUGGCUUGUCUCAUGUGGAUGAGAACCACGGUUAACUACCAAUACCGAAGUGGUGUUUCCUUUCCCGUUGCCCUACGGACGCUGUAUGCGGAUGGAGGUAUCCCCCGUUUCUACCGAGGUGUGGUUCCUGCUCUGCUUCAGGGACCUCUCUCGCGUUUUGGUGACACAGCCGCCAACACGGGGAUCCUGACUCUGCUCAAUAGCUUUGAACAGACCAAGGACAUGAACAUUGGAAUCAAGUCGGGAUGUGCCAGUGCAGCAGCCGCCACUUUCCGAAUCGUCAUCAUGCCCAUUGAUACCGUCAAGACAACAAUGCAAGUGACUGGUAAAUUCUCCGCUGUCGUGGACAAGGUCAAAGUUGCCGGUCCCCCCGCCUUGUGGAACGGUGCUCUGGCUGCUGCCUCGGCCACCUUUGUGGGCCACUACCCCUGGUUUGCAACCUACAAUUAUCUGUCCGAGAAAAUCCCCAAACAAGAUACACAAGUGGCCGAAUUGGGACGUCGUGCCCUCAUGGGAUUCUGCAGUUCUGCUGUCAGCGAUACUUGCAGCAACUCUAUCCGAGUCAUGAAGGUCUACAAACAAUCGCAUCCCGAACAACUCGCCUAUCCCGAAGUUCUUCGACGAGUCUUGGCCGAAUCCGGUGUCACUGGGUUGAUGUUCCGUGGAUUGGAAACCAAGAUUUUGGCAAAUGGUCUACAGGGCAUUCUCUUCUCCAUUUUGUGGAAACAAUUCGAAGAAGUCUUGUUUGGAAAGAAAAAGUAAUUAUGUUAUAGAUGGAACUCGUCCUCGAACGAACCGAGACGAGACGAGGACGGACGAUCUAGCAGCCGAACUAACGGAGGAAUCAAACCAAGCAAGCAACAACCUUCUGCUUUUCCCUUUGGUUUUGAUAGUGUGGCGGUGUCGCUCGGGAGUGCGGAUGCAUUGGUGCAACUCUCGGGAGCGUGGAUACUGGUGCAACUCCUGUUUUUGAACACAGUAUGAAUCGAAUCUGUGAUUAUCAAAAGGACAUACUUUGUAGUAAGCUAUAUGGAAAUAUUUUGCAUCAUGAUGACAGAGUUAUUCUGGUUUGCUUCACAUCGGCGGCCGAAUAUUUCGUUUCUGGUCUCUGUUGAAGCUGCACAAACCACACGCUCGGAACAAGUAUUGAAACGAUUGCUGUCCCUCGAAAAAUCGCUGAGGCAGGAUGGUAUCCAGCUGAUAAUUGUUUUUGGGAGCUGACGACAAGUCUUUCAUGUUGUGUCUUGCAUUGCAGCCAGUGUCUGAAGCAGACGGACUCAAAAUCCUUGAAGUGUUGCUUUGCUGCGGUUUUUUCAGAUUAUACUGCACCCAGCAGUCUGCUUCACAACCCAACCAGUAUCCAAUUCCCACUGUCCACGGAACUACUAGCUAGUAGAGGGGAGGAUGGCACCGAACUUUUUUGGGGGGAAAUUUCAAUUGUAACCCUCCAGAAUAAUCUAUCCAGCUCGAGCUGGCUUCUUGAAACUGACUCAGCGAUCGUCGUCUGACGUCUGACGCAACCAUCUUCUGCUCGGUGCCCGUCUCGAUCUCAAUCAAUCCGACGAUGUGGGAAUACA